AAAUUUUGCUUUGUUUUCUUUUCCUCAAAACUGGCGAACGAAUUGUUUCAAGGACGUUUCUAGGAACACUCCUCAUCACCAAAGUCAUUAUGCUCAAGGCUUUUAGAAAUGUCGUGCCUCGCGGCCAGCUCUUGCGGGCUCUGGCCAGGCCAUCCCUCAGAUCGAUGGCUCCUUUGACAUCUUCCACAUCCAUCAGAUCCACCAACUCAAUCCGUUGCUUUGCAACUGGAACCGACUCUUUCUUGCAGGGAAACAACUCCAACUACAUUGACGAAAUGUACGAUGCCUGGAGACAAGACCCUUCAUCGGUGCAUGCCUCCUGGAACGCCUACUUCAAGAACAUUGAGUCCUCUAACAUUCCGCCCUCGCAGGCUUUCCAGGCUCCUCCUACUAUCGUUCCUACCGUUAGUGGCGGUGCUGCCGGCUUUGUCCCUGGUUCUAACCCCAUCAGUGAGGAUGUUGUCACUCAUUUGAAAGUGCAAUUGUUGGUCCGUGCUUAUCAAGUCAGGGGUCAUCAGAAGGCCAAGAUCGACCCAUUGGGUAUCUCGUUUGGCGACAACAGCGAUACCCCCAAGGAGUUGACCUUGGACUAUUAUGGCUUCACAGAUGUCGACUUGAACAAGCAAAUCACCUUGGGUCCAGGUAUCUUGCCUAGAUUCGCUGAAGCCGGCAAGAAGUCAUUGACAUUGCGCGAAAUCAUCGAGAACUGUGAAAAGCUUUACUGUCAAUCUUACGGUGUCGAGUACGUUCACAUCCCUUCCAAGGAGCAAUGUGAUUGGUUGAGAGAGAGAAUCGAAAUUCCACAACCUUUCAAGUACUCCGCUGACCAGAAGAGACAAAUCUUGGACCGUUUGAUCUGGUCGUGUUCGUUCGAAUCCUUCUUGGCUACCAAGUUCCCUAACGACAAGAGAUUUGGUUUAGAAGGUGCCGAAGCUGUUGUUCCAGGUAUGAAAGCCUUGAUCGAUACUUCCGUCGAGUUCGGUGUAGAAGACAUCGUCAUCGGUAUGCCUCACAGAGGUAGAUUAAACAUGUUGUCCAACGUCGUAAGAAAGCCUAACGAAUCUAUCUUCUCGGAAUUCACCGGUUCCAAAGAAUUCGACGAAGGCUCUGGUGACGUGAAGUACCACUUGGGUAUGAACUACGCCAGACCCACUACUUCUGGUAAGUUUGUCAACUUGUCCAUUGUUGCCAACCCUUCGCAUUUGGAGGCUGAAGAUGGUGUUGUUUUGGGUAAGACCAGAGCCAUUCAACAAUACAAGAACGAUAUCGGUGACUACAAGAGAGCCAUGCCCAUCUUGUUACAUGGUGAUGCUGCUUUCGCUGGUCAAGGUGUAGUCUAUGAAACCAUGGGUUUCGCCCAUUUGCCAGCCUACUCUACCGGUGGUACUAUUCACAUCAUCGUGAACAACCAGAUCGGUUUCACCACGGAUCCUAGAUACUCGAGAUCGACUUUGUACCCAUCCGAUAUCGCUAAAGCCUCCAACUCCCCUAUCUUCCACGUCAAUGCUGAUGAUGUCGAAGCUUGUAUCUUCGUCUUCAACUUGGCUGCUGAGUGGAGAGCUACUUUCCAUUCCGAUGUUAUUAUUGACGUUGUAGGCUACCGUAAGCAUGGUCAUAAUGAAACUGAUCAACCUGCAUUUACCCAACCGCUCAUGUACAAGAAGAUCGCUGAAAAGAAGUCUGUUCUUGAAUACUACACCAACCAGUUGAUCCAGGAAGGCACCUUCACCACUGAAGACAUCAGCGAACACAAGAAGUGGGUAUGGAACUUAUUGGAAGACUACUUUGCUAAGUCCAAGGAAUACGUUCCAACUUCCAGAGAGUGGUUGACCACUCCAUGGGAAGACUUCAAGUCUCCUAAGGAGUUGGCUACCGAAGUCUUGCCACACUUGCCUACUGCUGUAGAUGAAGAGACCUUAAAGAAGAUCGGAAAGGCCAUCUCGGAAGCUCCGGAAGGUUUUGAGAUUCACAGAAACUUGAAGCGUAUUUUGAAUACCAGAAACAAGACCGUUGAAACUGGUGAAGGUAUUGACUGGGCUACUGGUGAAGCUUUGGCUUUCGGUACUUUAGCCUUGGAAGGCUAUCACGUCAGAGUAUCUGGUCAAGAUGUGGAAAGAGGUACCUUCUCGCAACGUCACGCUGUGUUGCACGACCAGCAGUCGGAAAAGACCUACACCCCAUUGAAUCACUUAUCUGAAGAGCAAGGGGCUUUUGUUAUCUCCAACUCCUCCUUGUCUGAAUACGGUGUCUUGGGUUUCGAAUACGGUUACUCGUUGACUUCGCCAGAUGCCUUAGUUCAAUGGGAAGCUCAAUUCGGUGACUUUGCUAACACCGGACAAGUCAUCAUGGAUCAGUUCAUUGCUAGUGCUGAGUCCAAGUGGAAGCAGCGUUCUGGUUUAGUGUUGUCAUUGCCUCAUGGUUACGAUGGUCAAGGUCCAGAACACUCGUCCGGUAGAAUCGAGAGAUACUUGCAGAUGUGUAACGAAGACCAGCGUUAUUUCCCAUCUCCAUCCAAGUUGGAACGUCAACACCAGGAUUGUAACUUCCAGGUCGCUUACCCUACUACCCCUGCCAACUUGUUUCACUUGUUACGUCGUCAAAUGCAUAGACAGUUCAGAAAGCCAUUGGCUCUCUUUUUCUCCAAGUCGUUAUUGCGUCACCCAUUAGCCAGAUCCGACUUGUCUGAGUUCACCAACGACUCUCACUUCCAAUGGAUCAUUGAAGACGCCGAAUAUGGCAAGACCAUUGCACCAAAGGAAGAGAUAAAACGUGUCGUCCUCUGUUCAGGUCAAGUAUUCACUGCCUUGCACAAGAAGCGUGCUGCUAUUGAAGACAAAACCACUGCCUUUAUCAAGAUUGAGCAGGUGCAUCCAUUCCCAUUCGCCCAGUUGCGUGAUGCCUUGGACUCGCACCCUAACCUCGAAGACUUGGUCUGGUGUCAAGAAGAACCAUUGAACAUGGGUUCGUACUCGUUCGUAUCUCCACGUAUAACCACUACCUUGGCUGAAACCGAAAACCAUAAGGGUUUGACCUUGCGUUAUGCCGGUCGUGACCCAUCGGCUUCUGUUGCUGCUGGUUCUAAGGCUAUGCACACUGCUCAAGAAGAGGCCUUCUUGAACGAAACCUUCCAAGUUUAAUUGAAAUGCAUGAAAAUUACGCUACUUGCUAGUUACUAAUUGUUUUGUUACGUUUGAAGCUUCCUAUAUGUUUUUUUAGAAUGGUAGGAGACCUGCCGAGUAUUUCAUUUGAACCUUUAUGAUUUUACAUAUUCCUUUUAUAUUUAUUGAUUUUACAAAAUGUUGAUUUUUAG